AAUGUAUUUCGCUUGCAAAAUCUAACUUAUAAUGAAAGUUUGAACCAGUUCUUUCCAAAAGGUACCAGACUUCUUGCUUCAGAUUCAUCUUUCAACUUGGAUGAAAUCUUAGAGAGAAAAAUUGACAAAGAAUUUUCAGACAUGCCUGAUUUCAUAUCAAGAAAAUAUGAUAAAUUUUUAUCAAAAAAGUCCUCAGUCAAGAAAAAGAAAAUUCCUGAAGACAUUGAAUAUGACUCAUUGUCAAUGCUGAUG